CGGAGCAAACCUUCAGUCAUGCAGAGCCUGUGGUCCCUUCUCCUCUACCUGUGUGGGCUGCUGGUAGAUGUCUUCUCCCUGUGUGAGACGCCGGUGAAGCUUCAUGCCAACGAGCUGGACCGAGACCAGUACUUUGGCACAUGGUUCUUCAUAGCUGCCGCUUCGUCGUCCCCCUCCUCACUGGAGACCUUCGUCACAACUGACAGCAUCAUGUUUAAUAUGACCCACACCGACAACCCAGAGCGGCUGCGGCUGAGAGCUGCCAUUCGAAUGAAGGCAGGCCAGUGUGUUCCCCGGUCAUGGGUUUACUUGGUUAUGGAGAAGAGUACUGAUCUGACCACAGAAGGGCGGCCUCACAUGCAGACAGAGUUGUUCUCUACCAAAUGUCCUGACGUCAUCAUGGUCAAGGAAACAGACCAAGGCUACGAGAGGAUCCUCCUGUACUCCCGGACCCUCCACCCUGCUGAAAACUGUAUCACUGCUUUCAAGAGCCAAGCUUCCUGCUUUGAUAUGGGCGAAUUCCUGCUGAUUCCCCGAACUCUAGGUGCCUGUGAAUUUCAAGAAUCUCAAACCGAACACUCUUAG